UCUUAGGAAAUAGCAUGCUGUCAUCCCCCUGAUUAAAAUUGAUUGAACUGAAGCUUGAAAGUGGAAACAAUCUGUUCAUCGCAAACUUUGCUUUAAAUAACUGCUUUGAAGAUAUAGAUCUAAUCGUGCAUUUGAUACUGCUAUUUUCCGCAAAAAGGUAACCUCAAUUCACUAAAAUGACGACUGCUAUGCCAAUCAACCCAAAGCCAUUUCUAAAUGGUUUAACCGGUAAGCCGGUGUUUAUCAAAUUGAAAUGGGGCCAUGAGUACAAAGGUUUCCUUGUAUCCGUCGACGGAUACAUGAAUAUGCAGCUGGCCAACACAGAGGAAUACGUAGACGGACAGAACACUGGCCACCUAGGUGAGGUCUUGAUCCGAUGUAACAACGUACUCUACAUUAGGGGUAUAGAUGACGAUGACGAGGAAGGUGAAAUGCGAGACUAAUAUUAAGUAGAUUUUAUAAGUCGUAAGUGAUACCUGAAUAAAGCAUCCGAAGAGGAAAUAAGAAAUAA